AUGGACAGUGAAGAAGAGUGUAAAUGUAUAAGAGUGGGAGGCCACCUCGAGGCUGUUCGUUGGAAUCUAUGGCCGAGAUCAUAUCACUCCAGUCCUGGGCCUUUGGCACUUGAUGACUGGACCUCAGACCCACAUAUUUGGCUUUACUAUGUCGAGAGUUCGGAUGGAUUGUUACCUGAAGAUGACGUGCUAAGGUCCACAAACACUCAGUACUGGUCAAUACACGAUGUCCAACGGUAUUUCAUUGGCGAGCUGCAUUGUGAGACGGUUCUCUUCACGUACCAGUACCCCAACAUUCGGAUGCCAACACGAUUGGGCAGUUAUUUCUUAAAAGCUAAUACUGCACUUAAGUUACCCACAGCGCUGUAUAUGAAAGAAUUGUUUAGAUCCCUAGAAACAACUUUGAAGAAAAUGGUGCAAAAUCAAGCGCAGAUGCAUCGACUGAUAUUCUGCGAUCAACUUAUUCAAUUAAACAGACUAGAUUACUACAAACGAAGGACAUUCUUCAAACUACUUGAGCAUAUACUGAGUUUCCAAGAGAACUUGCAGCUGGUUUCCUUAGAGAAUAUGUGUUGUAGUCGCCUGGAGGGUGUACGUCUAAUACAGCAGUUAGCUUGUUUCAAUUCUCAUUCACUUAAAUAUCUGUUUUUGUGGCGAUUUGUCCUGCCCAAUGAGAACCCACUUUUGGUCAACUACUCUUAUCUAACAGGCAGUGGUAAGCACAUUCCACGUCCAGAAACUAGACACUGUUUCCUGCGGAGUUUGGCGGAGAUGAGAAAUUUGCGAAUGUUGGCAUUAGAGUACUCUUACAUUGCGGACAGCACCGGGGCAGCUCUCAUUUCCUUGCUUACCGUUUUGCGCAGACCACAUUUUCGUUUGCAGUUAAUUUGUCGCGAGGAUCAAAUUCCUGGCCGCACAGACGCUUCUCUCGGUGUGGGCGGUCAUCAUAUACCUGAUACGGCCUGGCGACGAGUUAAUAUCGCCUGCCCCGAUUUAUAUCUAUUGAUGGCUUUCUUCCGAAUACGGGACUACGACAACAUCCGUCGGUUCUUGACACCCAGCAUUCCUCUCCGGGAGACGCAUUUGCAAUUUGGCAUCGACCUAUUUAAACAGCAAAGGCAGGAUUCCGACUUAAGCUGCUUUAUUAGACACAUUGCCUGGCGAUACGGUGAUACCUUGGUAACCCUCAGUAUUCACCAAUGGCGUGGCGCGAUCUUUCAACUCCAAGACAUCGUAGAGCUGAUACCUGGGCUGGUGAGACUGCUGUAUAUAGGCCUGGUGGAAGAAGACGAUUUGCGAAGCUUGUUCAAUUUAAUAGCGUGCGGAGUUGUCAGAAAAUUGAAACAAGUGAAUAUACAAGUCCAAGAUGAAGAGAGUAAACGGGAAUUUUGGUCAGACAGUGUUCGUAAACUAAACGAAGAAUUCAAAGACAUCAUGUCACUUUUUGAUAUUGAAUUUUGUUUAAAAAUUUAUAAAAGUUAA